UGUCAAUAAGGUCAGAGACGGCAUACAUAUUAUUAUAAAUAUUACCAACUCGAAAUAAAAAUAUAGUAUGGAUAUAUCAUAUUCGUACGCGAAGCUGCGAUGCAACUAUGGCCGGCAGCCGAUGUUCUGCGAGCGCGGACCGGAGAUGUGCGACACUAUCGCCACCAACAAGGCGGAGUUCAAGCACUUCAUCUUGCGGAACCCGGUGCAUCAACCUACUCAGCACACGCCCAUCUACUGGCACAACGAGAUCAACACUAUACGGGCAGAGUAUACCACGACAGGCGUGAACCACGCGGAAGGCGGAUGGCCCAAGGACGUGCCUGUGACCGACCCAGAGGCGACUCAGCGCUACCGACGUAAGAUAGAAAAGGACGACAACUACAUAAGCUGCGUCAUGUCAGGCGCUUCGGGCAUCGACCAUUACGUGUUGCAAAACAACGCAAUCGACAUGUACCGCACGUACUACGUAGAGAUGCCGAGCAUGCCGGACGUGGAGCGCAGCAGCUGCCGGCUGGUGAACGUGUACCGCGACCUGCCUUCGCGCCGUCCCAUCAGCUCCAUCUGCUGGCAGCCGGACGGUCAACGUUAUGCCGUUACCUACGUCAACGUGAAUUGGAACCGUGUACCGCGCGCCCCUAUCGAAUGUUACCUCUGGGACGUGGAGAAUGCGAACUACCCGGAGGUCACGAUUAAGGGGACGUGCCCCCUCCUCGACCUGCAGUUCAACCAGCGCAAUACCAAUGUGUUAGCUGGAGGACUUAUGAACGGCCAAGUUGGGACUUGGGACCGGCGUAAAGGUGGCCUACCCGUAGUCACGUGCCCCCCACACGUGGCUCACCGUGAGUUAGUUCGCAAGGUGCUGUUCAUUAACGCAAAGUCGGGCAAGGAGUUCUUCUCAACAGGCCCCGACGGCGCGGUCAAGUGGUGGGAUAUGCGCAACAUGAGCGAGCCCACUGACGAAAUGAUCAUGGACGCAGCGAAGUCGUCGUUCGACGUGCCGACUAUGGCGAAGGCGACCGGUGGCAGCGCGUUGGAGUUCGAACCGACCAUGCCGUCGCGCUUCCUCCUCGGCACCGAGAAUGGACUCGUGCUUUGCGGCAAUAGGAAGGGCAAGACGCCGCUGGAGAAGAUACCGCUCAAAUUUGAAGCACACCUAGGGCCGGUGUGGUCGGUGGAGCGCAACCCCAACUUCCUGAAGAACUUCCUGACGGUGGGCGACUGGAUGGUCCGCGUGUGGAGCGAAGACUGUCGCGAGUCUUCCAUCAUCAUGUCACCACCACACCGCCACAAGAUCACCGCUGCUGCUUGGAGUCCUACACGGAUGUCGUUGAUGGUGGUGAUGCAGUGGAACGGCGUGCUGGCCGUGUGGGACUUCCUGCGGCGGCAGUACGAGCCCGCGCUCACCAUGCAGGUCUGCGCGGAACCGCUGCUGGCGGUGCGCAUGCACGAAUCCGGCACGCUGGCCGCAUGCGGCAGCCGCAACGGCAACGUGUACAUGAUCGAGCUGUCUCCUAACCUCGCGUUCUCGGACAGAAGCGACAAGGGGAUCCUCACCGCCAUGUUCGAACGCGAAAGCAAGCGCGAGCGCAUCCUGGAGGCGCGCAUGCGCGAGAUCCGUUUGAAGCGGAUGCAGGCCGAAGAGCGCGGCGGUAGCCCCCGCGGUUCGACGGGCGAUGCCGGCCCUCCCAUAGGAGACCGCGACCUUGUGGAAGCCACCACCGCGUACAUGCAACAUGCUCGACGAGAGCUCGCUGCCAUGUGAACAGUGUACUUCCAUUUCUACAACUGCGAAGUCUUUUGAAGAGCGGCCAGGAUUGAGAGCACAAUCCGCGCAUGCACAUAGUCCUGCAGUUGAGGACAGCGACCUGGUCGAUGCCACCAGGGCGACAUGCAGCAGGCGCGUCAAGAACUCGUCGCAAUAAAAAGUUUACUGUUCGUGUUACAAAUACAACAUAUUACAUAAUUACGUCAUUA